AUGAGUGAGAUUUCAUUUUUUGUAUAUGAAAAUAAUAAUUUCGAAUGUAAAGGUAAUGCAACAUUUAUAAAAACCAUAACACCAUGUCAAAAGGAUGGGUUAUAUAUGAAAGUUGGUGAUAUAAAUAAAGGUGAAAUAGAAAGAUUAGGAUACUCACCCAACAUAUUCAUUAGUCAAGAUUCCCAUUGCGAUAAUUACAAUCCAAUAAUAUUCUAUGACUUAAAUAAGUGUAUUAAAUAUGAUGAUAAUUCAUCAGUAAUUAUAAAUAUUUCAAAUACAACCUCCCCAAUACUAUUGGAUGGAUUAUGUAAUUAUGUUAUAAAAUUAUCAAAAGAAGUUACAACAGUUGAAUCAUUUUCAAAUAAUACUUGUCUUGAAGGUAAUAAAAAAUAUUAUUGUUCAGAAGAGGGUGAUAUAAUUUAUUUUAAAUCAUGUAAUGAAAAUUGUAAAGCAUGUGAUAAUAGAAAUAUAAAAUCAUUUAAAUCAAAUUCAAUAAUUUUAAAAGAAAUUAGGCAUUUUCAAUUUAAUAGUUUAUCAACAUCAAUAUCAUCACCGCCAUCAUUAUUUUUUAAAAAAAUUAAUAAAUUAAAUUUAUUAUUAUUAUUAUUAACAAUAAUAUUAUUGUUAAUAAUAAUAUAA